AGUACAAAAAAAAACUAAAAACCAGCAACGGGUAAAAGCUUCAAGAACUUACAGUAGUAGUGAUGAACCUAGUGAUGUUGAGGAUGGCGAUAUAGAAAUAAGUGUUUUAGGAGAUGAAGAAGCGAAUAGCAUAAUUACAAGACUGUUGCAAGCAGUUCCAGAAAGAGUAGAUACACAUAUGAGUGAUGGUGUGGAUAUGAAUGAUAAACAGAUUGGUUCAGAUAGUGACUUUGAAAAUGAUUUUGAGGUUGAGGCUAUAAGAGACCAUAAUAUAAUGUCUUCUGAAAUCUUGAAUAGUACAAUUGAACAAUUGAAAAAAGAAAUCAAAAGCGAUAAAUAUAGUGAGGUUGAGAAGGCUCACCUCUAUACAAUGCUAUCUUAUUUAUGUCUUGUGGAACAUAGCCGACAAAGAGUUGAAGCAAGCAUUAUUGUAGCAGAAGCAGCUAGAAAAGGUAAAGAUGGUAAUAAGUGGUGGGACUCAGAUGAUCUUGUAGACCAGUUUUCAGAUGCAAAAGCACUUUUUGCAUUUGAUAAUACGACCAGUCAUCAUGCAUAUGCUGAAGAUGCUCUUUUGGCAAAAAAUAUAAAUUUAUCUCCUAAUAUGUGUUUUUCUGAGGAUUAUAAAGAUCCUAAAUUGCCAAUAGGCUUAAAGGAAGUUUUGCAUAAAAGAGGAUUGUGGCAUGAUAGAAUGAAGUUGUUAUGCAAAGGAGGAU